AAAGAGCACAAGAUCUGGAAGCUGAGAAUCAUUCUGAUAACUCAGCAUCACUGAACUCAUCAGUUUAACAGUUUUUUUUUCAGCAAAAAAAACCCAAACAAACUGAUGGACCAAAUUUUGCUUGAUCUGCUCCUCUUUUCAGGACUGCUGUCUUUAACUCUUUGUAUACAACCAGAUUAUAUUCUGAUCACCAACUCUAUAACAUGGAGUGCUGCACAGAAUUACUGCAGGACAAACCAUAUUGACCUGGCCACCGUUCAGAGUAACGAAAACUGGACACGUCUGCAAGAAGCAGCAAGACAACAAUCCUUUUCUGGCUAUGCCUGGGUCGGACUGUACAACGACAUCAACAGCUGGCGCUGGUCCUACAACGAAGAGAGUCUGGUGUUCAAGUCCUGGGCUGUAGGUCAGCCUGAUAACUACGGAGCAGGAGAGGAGUGUGUCGGGAUAUUAUCUAACGGAGCCUGGUAUGAUUUCUACUGUACAGACUCAAGAUAUUUUGUGUGUUACGAUGGAAGUGCAAACGCAACAGAUAAAGUGGUUUUGAGCAACUCAAAAACAGAUAUGGACUGA